AUGACUGACUUGGAUGCUAGCGUACAUUAUGUCGAGUUCAAUAAACGUCUGGAUGAAUGGGUCUCGGCAGACCGUAUAGAUCUGAGUCAAGAAGUCGAAUGGCCAGCACCAGAGAAACCCGAGAAGAAGAAAACCACAGUCACCAGCAAAGCACCGCCAUCGAAAGCCGCCAUCGCAAAAAGCAUAACGACAACCAAAGCCGCACGACCCCGCGCAGACUCUCGGCCUGGCUCUGCAACCCCAGAUCUCCUCAGUUCAAAAGCAGGGAACGAUCGAAAGCGACCUGUGCCCUCGAAAGCAGGCGGAAAGGAAAACCAAGACGACGCAAUCGCGCCGGACGGCGACGCAAGUCUCUUCGCUACGCAAGCCGGCACACCCUUGCCCACGCUCAGUCAAGAUGACAGCAUCCUCAGCUCGGCCGGCGAGGGCGUCGGCGUCGGCAGCAGCACACAGCAAGACGUAGAGAUGACAGACUUGACCAAAACCGAAGAAAAGGUCGCGCCGAUCAUGGAACCGGAAGAAGAGAUCGAGAAGCUCCGCACCGGCGGCAGUAUGGUGCAGAACCACGCCCAACUCCACCUCGUCCGCAACCUGGAGAAAAUCCAAAUGGGAAAACACAUCAUUGAGCCGUGGUACUUCUCGCCCUACCCACAGGAGUUCGCCGACCUGGACCUCGUGUACAUCGAUGAGUUCUGCCUGUCGUACUUCAGCAGCAAGAAGGCGUACGAGCGACACCGCUCGAAGUGCGAGCUGCGGCACCCGCCGGGCAACGAGAUCUACCGCGACGACUUCAUCAGUUUCUUCGAGGUCGACGGCCGGCGGCAGCGCACAUGGUGCCGCAACCUGUGCCUGCUGUCCAAGCUCUUCCUCGACCACAAAACCCUCUACUACGACGUCGACCCCUUCCUGUUCUACUGCAUGGUCACACGCGACGAGCACGGCUGCCAUCUGGUGGGAUACUUCAGCAAAGAAAAGGAGUCCGCCGAGGGCUACAACGUCGCCUGCAUCCUGACGCUCCCGCAGUACCAGCGGCAGGGGCUGGGCCGGCUGCUGAUCGCCUUCUCGUACGAGCUCUCCAAGCGCGAAGGCAAGCUGGGCUCGCCGGAGAAGCCGCUCUCGGACCUGGGCCUGCUGGGCUACCGGCAGUUCUGGAAGGAGAUCCUGAUCGAGCUGCUCAACGGGUCCGGCGCGCAGUUCUCGACGUCCAUCGCCGAGAUCGCCAGCCUGACCGCCAUGACGGAGAAGGACGUGCACGAGCAGCUCGAGGUGCUCAAGCUGCUGCGCUACCACAAGGGCGCCUGGAUUAUCGUCGUCCGCGACGAGCUGCUGGAGUGGCAGGAGAAACGCCGCGCAAAGGAGAAGCUCAAGGGCCUCCCCACCCGCAGAAUCGAUCCCAGUCGCCUGAGUUGGAAACCCCCCGUCUUCACUGCGAGCAGUCGCACCUGGAACUGGUAG